GAAUUAACCAAAUGGGUGCUGCCAAGGGGCGGUGGCUAUGAGGCCAGGGACUACAGUCCAUCCCACAGCCCCGGUAUUACCUGGAAUGAGGCACCAGGAAGCAGUGAGCGUGUUUAUGCCUUUUGCAGUUCAGCGCUGGCAGCUCUCGUGUGUGGGGAGUGGGAGCAGAGGCGAGGACAAGCAGGAGCGCUGAGCUGUGUAAAUCCUCUCCCUGAGCACUACAUUCUGAAUGGAUUGCCAGUGCCAUUAAUAGAUUACCACGAAGGAUUUGCAUUUCCGAAAACGAGAGAGGGACAACAUCCGUAUAUAUUCAGCUCAAACUUGCUUUGUGGUCCAUAGUGGAUGCUUCAGUUUGAGUCAGGUGUCGGCUGACUGUAAAAGUACACUGACAAGUGCAGCUAACACCUUGCGGUCUGUAAUAAAUAGUGGGUGGAACCUUGAUUUAUCAUUUUAUCCAAAAGAUUUUCUUUCUCUCCUCUCUGUAAAGAAAUCAAUUAAAAACAAUCAGUGGCCAUGGAAGAUUGGGACGUUCCACAGUUCAAGAAGGAAGUGGAUAGUCUGAAGUACCAGCUGUUGUAUAAGAGGGAGAUGUCUUCCAAAACAAUCCCUGACUUUGUGAAGUGGAUAGAAGAGGGAGUGCCAAACGACCCAUUCUUAAACCCAGAAUUAAUGAAGAACAACCCCUGGGUAGAGAAGGGCAAAUGUGCUAUACUUUGACAUUUUCAAACUGCUCUGCGUAAGGCAAUUUAUUUGUAAAAGAAAGAGACUCUAGAGGAGAAUUUUGUUGGCACAGUCUUCUAAAUUCUUAAAACAUAUGCAUUACAUUUUUUGUACAUUUUAUGGUAAUUCUAGGCAAAAUCAUUGUAUGAGUGAUCAAUCAAUUUCUUUGUACAACUAGAAAGGAACAAUGU